UUACUAUGUAAAACUUGAAUUUUAAUUAAUGGCUGAUGCAGUAUUAUUUGAAAACAACAUGAAAAAAAUAGAAAUCACUUUUUCUUCAAAUAAGGCACCUAAUUUAAUAUGAUUGAAUAUAAAAGUCAAGAAAAAUGCCUCAAGUAGGCUGUGUUGUAUUGUAUUUAAUGAACAUAACAAUAUUUGAUCAAAAAGUUGAUCAAAUUUGAUUGUUACACAUAACUGUUAAACACCAAUUCCUAAAAAAUAGACAUACAAAGCCAGCUGACUAAUUUCAAUUAGUUUCUAGCUUGUCUAAUAAGUUAUAAGUUGGAAAUUGAAAACAAAAAAAUGUUAAAGGUCACUAAAAAGCCUCGCCUUAAGUGUCCAAUAUGUAGAAAACUGAUUUCAACUCUAUCAAAUAUGAAGCCUCAUAUAUACUUACACACCGGCGAGCGUCCCUUUAGAUGUUUAACUUGUGAGAAAAUAUUUAUUAAUCUACAUCAUGUUAAGACUCAUUUGUUAAUUCAUUCUAAUAAGCGUCCUUAUAAGUGUACUAUAUGUGGAAAAUCCUUCACAAGCAGUGGCAGUAUGAAGAAACAUACAUUAGUACACACCGGAGAGAGACCUCAUAAGUGUACUAUAUGUGGAAAAUCAUUCCAAACCAGUAGCGAUAUGAAGAGACAUACAUUAGUACACAACAAAGAGAGACCUCACAAGUGCACUAUAUGUGGAAAAUCCUUCUCAACCAGUGACAUUUUGAAGAGACAUACAUUAGUGCACACUGGAGAGAGACCUCAUAAGUGCACUAUAUGUGGAAAAUCCUUCUCAACCAGUGACAUUUUGAAGAGACAUACAUUAGUACACACCGGAGAGAGACCUCAUAAGUGCACUAUAUGUGGAAAAUCCUUCUCAACCAGGGGCAGUAUGAAGAAUCAUACAUUAGUACACACCGGAGAGAGACCUCAUAAGUGCACUAUAUGUGGAAAAUCCUUCACAACCAGUGACUAUAUGAAGAAACAUACAUUAGUGCACACUGGAGAGAUACCUCAUAAGUGUACUAUAUGUGGAAAAUUCUUUACAACCAGUAGCAAAAUGAAGAAUCAUACAUUAGUACACACCGGAGAGAGACCUCAUAAGUGCACUAUAUGUGGAAAAUCCUUCCAAACCAGUGACGUUUUGAAGAGACAUACAUUAGUACACACCGGAGAGAGACCUCAUAAGUGCACUAUAUGUGGAAAAUCCUUCCAAACCAGUUGCAAUAUGAAGAAACAUACAUUAGUGCACACCGGAGAGAGACCUCAUAAGUGUACUAUAUGUGGAAAAUACUUCCAAACCAGUAGCGAUAUGAAGAAACAUACAUUAGUGCACACUGGAGAGAGACCUCAUAAGUGUACUAUAUGUGGAAAAUCCUUCCAAACCAGUAGCGAUAUGAAGAGACAUACAUUAAUUCACAUAGGAGCAAUACAUGUGGAAAAUCAUUUGCAACUAAAAAUAUUUAUGAAGAAACAUACAUCAAUUCACACCCAAGAUUUUAAGCAGGGGGAGUUUCGAUGAUGAAAAACAUUUAAAAAACGCACAGUAAAGCAUAUUAUGUCAUCUACAGAGCUGAAAGUUAUGUCAUAUUGUUCAUAAAUUAUGGCUGUAAGUGCCUGAGGAGCCUUGUUGCGGGUUACAAGCGAACUACGGAUGCGUACGCAUAAACAGUCCUUACUUAAAUAACUGCCCUUGUAAUAGGCUCCCAUGUCAGAUACUCUUUGUUUAAUUUUAGAAAAAAUAUCAGGCAAGUCCACUUUGAUUCACGUAGGUUUGAAUCAUUUUCUUAAAUUCUUCCAUUACACGUCCCAAUAUGUCACGGCCACCAAACAAUUUUUUUCUGCCACAUUUAGGUUAAUGGCAUCCUUUAAGAUCCAUCAGAGUUUGGGCAUAGAUUAAACAUACUCCCUUAGUAGAUUCUCCGCCGGAUAGGGCUUGGUAUGUUCGAGCUGCUUGUACGGCGAAGUUGCUGGCCCACGUAGUUCUGUACAGUCACUGGUCAGGCUAGGAGCGCUAGAGCUCUCGCCGUACAACCACACACUCUUACCGCGUUAUAGCUGUCACACGCGCGUACGCACGCCCCGCGCGCCAGCGUGCUCGUUGGCGCCAGCACAUUGCCAGCACACACCCUGGCACACACACGACACUCACACUCAGCUUUACUCCCUACAGCGUGAUUUGUACGUGUAGAGCCACGGAGCCUCCUCUAACUGUAUUUCAGUAUUUGUAUCAUCAGUUGUUUUAUUGCGAUUGUUCUAGUUUAAUUAAUGCGAUGUUGAUAAUUAAUUGUUUUUUUAUUUGAAUAGCCAUCUAUUGUAUCUGUUACUUGUGGGUAUUUUGAGCCGACUUCCCCACUACCAACAAAAGAAUAAGGUUCUCAAUUCGUUUGUGCCAAUGUAUCUUUUUCUAUAAAUGUUCCCCAAUUUCUCUGAGAUUUUUAUACCGAUCAUCGUGGUUCCACCCCCAAAAUAACCAGGAGGGCUACCCUUUGGUACCAUAUAUAACAUUAUGUUUAAGUGUAAAUAUUUGUUCCAGAGAAAAAUGCUGAAAACCUCAAAUAUACAACAUUUAUUUUGUUUAUAUUUGUACAGAGAAAGCAAUAAAUAAGAAUGAUAUUCCGACAACUGUUAGUUGAAACCAUGAAGCUACAGACAGAUCUUCAUGAAAAAGUUGUUUAAUAUGGAUUAUUAAACCAUGUCUUGCCAUGGAGCCUAAAUAACUGACUUUGCAUUUACUAGGCGUUUUGUUUUAGUUACUAUGAGUAAGAUACUUCAACGUUUGACCUGCAUUUUGUAAAGUUCCGUUUUGAGUAUUGAAAUUGUAUUCUAUAUUUUAUCAACACUAUAAAAUAAACAUCUUAAAAAGAAAAUUAUAGUAUAUCAAUGGAAAAAUUAUUACGAUCGAACAAUACACUUAUUUCCUAUUGAUUUUUAAGACAUAAAACUUUUAGGCUACGUCAGUUUACAAAAAGCAUUUUUAGAUGCAAAAGGUUUCAUUUCUUGCAAUUCCAAUUCAUCACCUGUUUUACCAAAACAUAAAAAAUAUUAAUUUUUAUAACCAUAAAUUAUGUAACCUGAACAGGUGACUCAGGCAGUUUUAAAAUAAUAAUUGUUCCGUACGGUAACAUUUUUGAUCGGUCCAAACAAUUUUUCUUUUAAAAAGCCUUUAAGUACCGGUAAAAAAUAUGUAUCAAAUUUUUUUGUAAAAAAAACAACCUAUUUCAAACGCUCUAAAAGAAUUAAAAUCAAUAAAACAUAGCAGGAUAUAAAUAUAUAAAAAAACAUAUGCACUGUUUUGUUUGGAUACCAAGGAAGUAUUUACUUGUAUUUUAUAUUUACUUCUGAAUUAAUGCAUUAUGCAACUUAUCACACACAAAUUUUCUAUUAGAACAAGAAACAGAUUGUUAUGAUAGGGAAAAGAAGCUAGUUUAAUAUUAAAAUGUUACUUUUGCAAAUUAAAAACAUUUAAAU